UCCAAUUUGCUUAGCCUUACGGCGGGCCCAUGGUGGAAGGGAAUUUGGAAUUAAAGGGAAAUAUCUCGCUAAAUCGACCAUUCAAUUUUAUCGUAUAAGUAACACACAGUACCUUAAAUUAUCAAUUAUUUAAGAAUGAAAAACGAAUGAUGAGACUGGACGUUAGCGAGUAAUAAACUCUGAAGCGGUGGGUGGUGUGCGCGCCUCCGAAGUCUGACCUGAAGGCCGCUCUGUCUACCUCUUCUGCAGCGACCUUGUUUUGGGUCAGCCUCUGGAAUCAGUUCAGAUGCCCUGGGUGGUUCGGACAAAGGAUCCGCUUCGGGAAAGUUGUAUUCCUGGUCGUAGUGUUGGUGUUUGCAGCGAGGCUGCAGUUGACUAACCGACUGAACAAUGGCUCAGUUUCCCACGCCCUUCGGAGGAGGUCUGGACGCCUGGGUGAUCUCUCUGGACGAGCGAGCCAAACAUGACCAGCAGUUUGUUAGCCUGGCCCCCUCACCAGCUGGCUACAUCACAGGUGACCAGGCCAGGAAUUUCUUCCUGCAGUCAGGCCUGCCCCCUCCCAUCCUGGCACAGAUAUGGGCCCUGGCCGAUAUGAACAAUGAUGGGAAGAUGGACAUGCACGAGUUCUCCAUCGCCAUGAAGCUGAUCAAGCUCAAGCUGCAGGGUCACCCCCUGCCCCCCUCUCUGCCCCCCUCCAUGAAGCAGCCGCCCCUCACCCUGCCCCCGCCACCCACCGCACCCUUCGGAAUGCAUGGUUUAGGGGUAAUGCCAGGCCUCCCAGCAGUCCCUCCAUUACCCAUGCCCCCUAUGCCAGGGGUGGGUAUGUCCCCACCUCUGGUGUCGUCGGUGCCCCCGUCUGUACCCCCCUUAGCUAACGGAGCGCCAAUGACGGGCUUCUCCCACCCAGCCACCACACUCAACAAAAGCUCUUCUUCCAACCGCUCCGGUGCCAAGAUGCAGGGCCAGUCUUUUGAGACUUCUAGCGCCCCUGUGCCCCCCCAGCCUCCCACUGACUGGGCUGUUCCUAGCUCGUCCCGGCUAAAGUACCGGCAGCUCUUCAACAGCCACGACAAGAUGAUGAGCGGCCACCUCACCGGACCCCAAGCAAGAACCAUCUUGAUGCAGUCCAGCUUGCCCCAGACCUCGCUGGCGUCCAUAUGGAACCUGUCGGACAUCGACCAGGACGGCAAGCUGACGGCCGAGGAGUUCAUCCUGGCCAUGCACCUGAUUGACAUGGCCAUGUCCGGCCUGCCCCUGCCCCCUAUCCUGCCCCCAGACUUCAUCCCCCCCCACUUCAGGAGGGUGCGUAGUGGUAGCGGGGUGUCUGUCACCAGCCUGCACUCCACUGACCAGCGGGUCCAAGAGGAGGCCGAAGAGGAGCAGGAGAGCGAGAAACAGAAGCUGGAGAAACUGACUUUCGAGGACAGGAAGCGGGAGAACUUUGAGCGGGGCAACCUGGAGCUGGAGAAGCGUCGACAGGCCCUGCUUGAGCUGCAGCGCAAGGAGCAGGAGCGUCUGGCGGCGCUGGAGCGAGAGGAGCAGGAGAGGAAGGAGCGAGAGCGGCUCGAGCAGGAAAGGAGGCGGCAGCAGGAGCUGGAGAAGCAGCUGGAGAAGCAGAGGGAGAUGGAGAGGCAGCGGGAGGAGGAAAGACGGAAGGAGAUCGAGAGGAGAGAGGCAGCGAAGCGGGAGCUGGAGCGCCAGCGUCAGUUAGAGUGGGAGAGGAACCGCCGGCAGGAGCUGCUGACCCAGAGAAACCGAGAGCAGGAGAACAUUGUCCUGCUCAAAGCCCGCAAGAAGAACCUGGAGUUAGAGCUGGAGGCACUGAACGACAAGAAGAGCCAGCUGGAGGGCAAGCUGCAGGACAUCCGCUUCCGCCUGUCUGCUCAGCGGCAUGAGAUCGAGAGCACCAACAAGACCCGCGAGGUCCGCAUCGCUGAGAUCACCCACCUCCAACAGCAGCUGCAGGACUCUCAGCAGUGGCUCGGCAGGCUGAUCCCUGACAAACAGUGUCUAAACGAACAACUCAAACAGGUUCAACAGAACAGCCUGCACAGAGACUCCCUGUCGUCGCUGCAGAAGGCAGUGGAGGUCAAGGAGUCUAGUCGGCAGCAGCUGAGAGAACAGCUAGACACCGUGGAGAGAGAGACCCGCUCCAAGCUGCUGGAGAUAGACGCCUUCAACACCCAGCUCACGGAGCUCCGAGAGAUCCACAGCAAGCAGCAGAGGCAGAAGCAGAAGGAUCACCUGGAGGGAGAAAUCAACAUCCACACCAUCGCCCAGGAGAGGGCCAAGUCCGCCGAACUCACAGACGGAAGGUUGUCUGCCACUGACGAGGGCCUGGCAUGGCGAGAUGAGGGCACGGUGGAGGCCCCCACCCCUCCCCCCCAGCCCUGGAUGAAGCGCGUGUGUGAGGAGGAGGGGCGCACUAAGAAGGACAUCCAGGACAAACUCAACCAGCUCUUCAUGCAGCAGCCUGAACCAGGGAAACUCAUGAACCAGAGCCCAUGGCCCACGGGCGACAAGAUCCCGGUGACUGGGUUCAACCAGGACAAGGUCAAGGUGGUCUUCUACCGGGCGCUGUACCCCUUUGAUGCCCGCAGUCACGAUGAGAUCACCAUCCCCCCCGGAGACAUUGUCAUGGUGAAAGGGGAGUGGGUGGACGAGUCCCAGACAGGUGAGCCAGGCUGGCUGGGUGGUGAGCUGAAGGGGAAGACUGGCUGGUUCCCUGCCAACUACGCAGAGAAGAUCCCAGAAUCCGAGGUUCCCAUGAGCCUGCGGGCCAGUGCUGCCACCACGGGCGCCGCGCCCAAACUGGCCUCACGGCUCACACCCAGCACCGUCUCCAGCACACCCACGCCACCCAGCCAGCCAAUGGCAACCCCUCCCCCGGCAACAGCUCCCCCUGCCCCCGGUCCCUGCCCUGGCCCUGGUCCCGCCUCUUCCUCCUCCUCGGCAUCUAGUAACUGGGCAGAUUUCAGCACCACAUGGCCGUCCACCAGCUCUGUGGAGAAGACUGAGACUGGAGAGGGCUGGGAUGCUUGGCCCACCCAGCCGUCUCUCUCUGUGCCCAGUGCCGGGCCCGGGGGCCAGCUACGCCAGCGCUCUGCCUUCACACCCGCCACCCUCACUGGCUCCUCUCCGUCUCCCGUCCUGGGACAGGGGGAGAAGGUGGAGGGUUUGCAGGCCCAGGCUCUGUACCCGUGGCGGGCCAAGAAGGACAACCACCUCAACUUCAACAAGAGUGACGUGAUCACAGUGCUGGAGCAGCAGGACAUGUGGUGGUUCGGCGAGGUGCAGGGCCAGCGGGGCUGGUUCCCAAAGUCCUACGUCAAGCUCAUCUCUGGCCCCGUACGCAAGUCCAUGAGCAUUGAGUCUGGCUCGUCCGACAGCCCCCCAACCAUGAAGAGACCCACCCCAUCCCCUACCAAGACCAUGGACCCAGGAGAAGAAUACAUAGCCAUGUACACCUACGAGAGCAAUGAGCAGGGCGACCUGACCUUCCAGCAGGGCGACGUCAUCGUGGUCACCAAGAAGGAGGGCGACUGGUGGACGGGCGUGGUGUCAGGCAAGACGGGGGUAUUCCCUUCCAACUACGUCAAACCCAAGGACUCUGAGGGACUGGGACCCGCAGGGAAGACUGGAAGCCUGGGGAAGAAGCCCGAGAUAGCCCAGGUCAUCGCUCCAUACACGGCGACGGGGGCCGAGCAGCUCACCCUGGCGCCCGGCCAGCUCAUCCUCAUCAGGAAGAAGAACCCGGGGGGCUGGUGGGAAGGGGAGCUGCAGGCCCGGGGAAAGAAACGGCAGAUUGGCUGGUUCCCGGCCAACUACGUGAAGCUCCUGAGCCCCAGCACCAGUAAGACCACACCCACAGAACCCACACCCCCCAAGCUGCCAAUGCCCAGUGCAGGUAGGGGCCAGGAGCAGGGAUCUGACGGGGGCCCGCCAGGGCCUUGGGGCCCCUCCUUGACUCAACAUAUGACGGCAGUGUGUCAGGUGAUUGGCAUGUACGACUACAUGGCACAGAAUGAUGACGAGCUGCCCUUUGGGAAGGGCCAGAUCAUCAACGUGCUGAGCAGGGAGGACCCUGAUUGGUGGAAAGGCGAGCUUAACGGUUCCGUGGGCCUUUUCCCCUCCAACUACGUCAAACUGACCACCGACACAGACCCCAGCCAACAAUGGUGCGCUGACCUGCACCUGCUGGACAUGCUGAGCCCCGUUGAGAGGAAGAGACAGGGCUACACACACGAGCUCAUCGUCACCGAGGAGAACUAUGUCAAUGACCUGCAGCUCGUCACCGAGGUCUUUCAGAAGCCUCUGCUGGAGUCGGAGCUGCUGACAGAGAAAGAGGUGGCCAUGAUCUUCGUCAACUGGAAGGAGCUCAUCAUGUGUAACAUCAAGUUGCUCAAGGCUCUGAGGGUUAGGAAGAAGAUGUCGGGCGAACGGAUGCCGGUGAAGAUGAUUGGAGACAUCCUGACGGCCCAGCUGCCCCACAUGCAGCCCUACAUCCGCUUCUGCAGCUGCCAGCUCAACGGGGCCACGCUCAUCCAGCAGAAGACCGACGAGGUGCCCGAGUUCAAGGACUUUGUCAAGAGACUGGCCAUGGACCCAGGUUGUAAGGGAAUGCCCCUCUCCAGCUUCCUCCUCAAACCCAUGCAAAGGGUGACGCGCUACCCCCUCAUCAUCAAAAAUAUCCUAGAGAAUACUCCGGAGACUCACCCGGACCAUAGCCAUCUGAAGCAGGCUCUGGAGAAGGCUGAAGAGCUGUGUUCCCAGGUCAACGAGGGUGUCAGGGAGAAGGAGAACUCUGACCGGCUGGAGUGGAUCCAGGCCCAUGUCCAGUGUGAGGGGCUGUCUGAGCAACUCGUGUUCAACUCUGUGACCAACUGCCUGGGCCCGCGCAAGUUCCUGCACAGCGGCAAACUCUACAAGGCCAAGAGCAACAAAGAGCUGUAUGGCUUCCUAUUCAACGACUUCCUCCUCCUGACUCAGAUCGUCAAGCCCCUGGGCUUCUCGGGCUGCGACAAGGUGUUCAGUGCCAAGUCCCACCUGCAGUACCGCAUGUACAAGACACCCAUCUUCCUGAACGAGGUGUUGGUGAAGCUGCCAACAGAUCCCUCGGGAGACGAGCCCAUCUUCCACAUCUCCCACAUCGACAGGGUCUACACCAUCCGGGCAGAGAGCAUCAACGAGAGGACUGCUUGGGUGCAGAAGAUCAAGGCAGCUUCGGAGCUCUUCAUCGAGACAGAGAAGAAGAAGAGGGAGAAGGCCUACCUGGUUCGCUCACAGAGGGCCACGGGCAUCGGCCGGCUGAUGGUAAACAUUGUGGAGGGCAUCGAGCUGAAGCCCUGCCGCUCCCACGGUAAGAGCAACCCGUACUGCGAGGUGACGAUGGGUUCCCAGUGCCACAUCACCAAGACCCUACAGGACACGCUCAACCCCAAGUGGAACUCCAACUGUCAGUUCUUUAUCAAGGACCUGGAGCAGGAUGUGCUGUGUGUCACCGUGUUUGAGAGGGACCAAUUCUCUCCUGACGAUUUCCUAGGCAGGACAGAGAUCCGUCUGGCGGACAUUAAGAAGGACCAGGGCUCCAAAGGGCCCAUCACCAAGAGGCUGCUGCUCCACGAGGUGCCCACAGGAGAGGUUGUCGUACGACUGGACCUGCAGCUCUUCGAGGAGCCCUAGCCCAUCCCAGUUCAACCCAGCCCUGCUCAGCUCAGCCUAACCCAGCCUAGCCUAACACCCAUAUACUGUACACUCCCUCCCAAACCCCAGUUACCCCUGUCUGAAGUCUCACCAUGCUCUAGUGACAAUCCCCAACGGCCCAGCCCCACACUCCAAUGUGUGUGUGUGCUGUGUGAAUGAAUGUCUGCAGAAGGGUCUUAAUUAUGGUGUAUUUUUUUCCUCUUUAUGAUUUCGAUCAUUAUGGUGUAUGUAUGAUAUCAUGAUUCCACUAUUAUUUGGUUGAACAAAAUUAUGAAGCAUUCCACAGCUAAUCUAAAAUCUCAAAGGCCGUCUUAUAACGCAAUGAACCUUUGAGACAUGAUAUCCUGUAUGUAGAGAAAUGUUUGAACACAUAUGAUCAUUGCUUAUGCACUGUAUGUCUUAAAGAGCCCACCCUGUGGCAUUAACACCUGGGGCGUGUUCAUUAGUCAACAGAAAACCGGGCGAGACUCCCUUGUCCAAUAAUAAACGUUCAUUUUCAUUUUACAUUGCGAAAAGUUUUAAAACGCCUUCCGUAGCGUGGUCAAAUGAACACCACCCAGGUGACCCCACUGUUGUGCCAUCCCUGUGACAACAGACGGUAACCUCCCAUAUAACCUUUGACGCUGUGUUCACGUUUAUAAACGUACGGCUAUUAUGUCAUUGCAGGUCAGACGAUUUCAGACGCUUGUCUGAAGCCUAUCUAAUAAUAACCCUGGUUGUAUUAGCUGGAACAUCUUCGCUUGUAUUUCUUUCAUUCAAACGUGACCCAGGUUUCCAGUUAUUUAUUCGGUUCUGUGUACAUCUGUUUGAGACCAGGGUACAAAAGCAGGUACAGUACAUAAGUGAAUGUGAGGAGGAGAGAUACUUUGUGAUAUACCCUCAAAGGUUUGGUGAGACACUUUGGAAAAAUGUGUUAGGGAAUUAAAGAAGUGUUAUGUUGGUAUACUACAGUAUGCUGAGAAUGAAAAUGAAGCUAUCAGUAAUCUUUACACUGUUGUGUGAGCGUUGUGUUUUAGAUUGGAAAAUCAAAUGAAAGGCCAGAUGAAAUGUUUGGGUGUAUUUGAAACAUUACAGAAGUACUGUACGAAAGUACACACUAAUAUAUUGGCUAUCAAAUUGGCUUAGCCUAAAAUAUAUUGUUGUACGGUUUGAGGGAAAUUGAAGAGCAGAUUUCCUGUUUUCUAAAUGAUGUGUAAAUGAGUGCUGAUUUCUAGUUACAUUUGCAGCGUAGGCCAAGAUGAUGAGUACCAAUGUACUACAAAUCAUUAGUUUUUCGAUGGUUAGAAGAAUCAUAUGGUGAUGUCAGGAAUGUUUUUGUACUUGUUCUGGAAAAUUCUGUUAUUUUCAACGCAUUCAUAUCUUCAUGUUUUGUAUGUAUAUUUUAGUUGUUUUUAAUUACAUUUUUUCGAAUGGCAAAAAAGCACCAUUUAAUAUAGAGUGCUAUAUUUAUGUGUUGGAAAGCCAUUUGUAGGUGGUUUGUUUUGGAGACUGAGGUCAGGCUUUGUUGUGAUGGACAUAUUCGGCCAAUGCUGUAACUGUUUGUGAAGAGGUAUUUCAGGUUCAUUCAAUUUGGGUCUCAAAUUAAUAUAUUUCCUUUGCAAGAGAACAGGAAGUAUUUUUUUUUGAGUUUUGUGUUCAGUUGAACAACACUGUAUUACAUAUUUAUUGACGUUAAGAAAGACAAUUCGGACAAGAGGCAAAUAUCAGCCUCCAGGUUGCUGCAAUAUGCAAUCUACUCAGAGGUAGGAGACAAUUUGUAUCUUUCCUAUUGUCUUAUCUGUUAUUUCGUUCUUUAUGAUGACCCUCCCAUUAUCUUGGGCUCUGCGUUGGAAAGGAGAUGUACAAGGAUAUCCGAAGGCAGCCGAGACGACUGACUUCAGUCUGUUAAGUCUGACAACGUUAGCAUAGUUUGUCUGUUAGUUUAAUGUAUGUUGUUGUUACCAGCCAUGUGUCCAUGUAGAUAAUGUACAAAUACUAGUGAAAUUCCACUGCCGUGUUAGUGAGAGUGGUCAAGGAGAUCAGCUUUUGCAGAGCCUGUGUUCCUUAUCAUGUGUAUGUCUAGGAGUGAGCGAGUGUGUAACAUUAACUUACUAUUCUCGAGUGCUUUGGUUUGUGCUGGGUCUCUGUUCAAGUUGGAGGACUUAGAUUAUGACUAGUCAUUUCCCUAUAGCGUGCAACCUGUACCUCUACUCCUUCCUGGUUACCCCACAGUAGUGCCCUUUUAAUGUUCACUCUAAAACCAGGGAUGGUCUCCAUUCUUUUUAAUGAGCAAAGUCUUAACUGAUAAAGUACAGUAUGUGAAUAUGUUGAAAUAUUUGAAAGGAGUAUAAGUAAUAUAUUACAACAACUACCGUAGAAGAAUGUUGAUGACAAUGCGUUGUUAUCAAUGUAUGAGAAGUGUAUUGUCUUAAAUGUUGAAAAUAAAAUUUGAUUGGACCAAG